UGCAUAUUUGCUGCCAUAACAACAUAUCACGUGACUAUAUCUCAGCCAAUUAGAUCACGAAUAAAAUGCUUCAAUAUGGCAUCCACUUUUUUAUAAGGGGAAUAUACAUAUGAUCAUGGAGACCUCCAUGCAUACGAUACGAGAUUGACGUACACAUAACAUUAGUACGUUGAAAAAAUGAUGCGAUGUUGCCAUAUCGUUACUGGGAAAAUGGCAGGUCGUAAAACUUCAGAUGCUGUUGCAAUUCUUCGUGGAAUGAAAAUUAUUGUUGAUGCAGUAUUGCGAGAACAAGAGAAAAAGUUUCCUCAGAUGGUGAAACAAUCUAAAAUUCAAAAUAUCACUGAUGAAGGGUUUAAAGGUUUGGAAAAAUUAGUAGGGGAAUUAGAUGCAAGUAAGGUUCCUGAAAAUAUGAAGAAAGACUUGAAGGAAUUCGCAGAAAAAUUAUACGUUAUUGAAAAGGGUCUUUCUCAAUAUACAAAAAUAAGACUUGAAGAAGUUUUAGGAUCAAAAAGUUUAUCCAAUCUGCUCAAAGCAGAUCUGAAUGAAUUAAGUAAAAAAUUAUAUGUCUACAAUCCAGCAAAAGACCCCAAAGAAGUGCCUCCAGACACAUAUGAACCUCAUAGUGAAAAUUUUAAAAGCUCUGAGAAAAGUAGUCAAACUGCACAAUAUACAGCAACAAACGAUAAAAGCAAACAGUCUCCUAUCAAGUAUGCAAGUGUGAAACAAAAAAUUGAGACUAUUGGCACAGGUAGCUUAGAAAUACCACCUAUAGAAUUAUCAGAAAAAGAUAAACAAUUAUUGAAAAAAUUGGAGGAAGAGCAUGAGAAAAAAAUCAAAAAGAAAGGAUCAGAGAAUCAAAAGCCAGAUCAACGAAUCUCCAUACAAUCUGCAAGAAUUAAUCAAACCAAAGAAAAAGUCAAAGCAAAACAAAUACCACGUCCAGAUGCAAAUGUUAAACCAAAGGAUACAUUAUCACACAGUGCCAAAGCAAGAAAGGUACCGUCAACCAGGAUAGGCAGAAUGAUCAGCUUUGGUACCCUUGGAGUAGGGCUUGGAGUUGGUACAAUAGCAGAGUAUACACGUAGAACUUUAGGACUAAAAGAACAAAGUGUUGGUCAAACUCUUGACAGUAUGUUUCUCACGAAAGCGAAUGCUGAACGAAUUGUUUCGACACUCUGCAAAGUGAGAGGAGCAGCUUUGAAAAUUGGCCAAAUUCUCAGUAUUCAAGAUAACACAAUUAUCAGUCCUGAAUUGCAGAAAGCUUUCGAGAGAGUCAGGCAAAGCGCAGAUUUCAUGCCGACUUGGCAAGUACAUAAAGUUCUUGAUAAUGAACUGGGACAUGGUUGGCAAGGUAAACUAGCGACGUUUGAUGAAAAACCGUUUGCAGCUGCUUCUAUUGGACAAGUUCAUCACGCGACUUUAUUAGAUGGGAGACCUGUUGCAAUGAAAAUUCAGUAUCCAGGUGUAGCAGCUGGUAUACAGAGCGACAUUGAAAAUCUAGUUGGAGUUAUGAAAGUAUGGAAUAUGUUUCCUGAAGGAAUGUUUAUCGACAAUGUAGUUGAAGUAGCUAAAAAGGAGCUAGCAUGGGAAGUGGAUUAUAUCAGGGAAGCUGAAUGUACUAAAUUAUAUAGAAAACUUGUUGAGCCUUAUCCUGAAUAUUAUGUACCUGAAGUUAUCGAUAAUCUAUGCACAGCUCAAGUAUUUACGACAGAACUUAUCGAAGGGAUACCGGUAGACAAGUGUGCUGAUGCAGAUCGAGAAACGAGAGAUCACAUCUGUAAGCUCAUCAUGCGUUUAUGUUUGAAAGAAUUAUUUGAAUUCCGUUAUAUGCAGACCGAUCCCAAUUGGUCUAACUUUUUCUAUAAUACUAAAACUAAACAGAUGAUCCUUCUAGAUUUUGGAGCAUGCAGAAGCUACACUAAGGAAUUCAUGAAUAAAUAUAUCGAAGUCAUCAAUGGUGCUAGUGAAGGAGAUAGGCAUAAAGUAUUAACGAUAUCCAGAGAAAUGGGAUUUCUAACUGGUUAUGAAUCUAAGAUAAUGGAAGAAGCGCACGUUGAUGCAGUGAUGAUUUUAGGACAAGUUUUUGAUAGAGAUCACGAAUACUUUGAUUUUGGCGGCCAAGAUGUCACUAGAAGAAUUCAAGCUUUAGUACCGACGAUCGUACAUCACCGCCUUUGCCCUCCACCUGAAGAAAUUUACAGCCUUCAUAGAAAACUAUCCGGAGUAUUUUUAUUGUGUGCAAAACUGAAUGUUAAAAUUAAUUGUCGAGAUAUGUUCCGCGAAGUUUAUAAUAAUUAUAAAUUCGAUUGAAUAAUUUUUUAUACAUACAAAUGAUCGUUAUAACAUAUUAGUACUUUUAAUUACGAAUGAUGAUAUUAAUUUAGAUUGGCGAAAUACAUCUGCUGUUUAUAAUAAUAUCCGUUCAGUGUUUCUAUCAUCCAUUAUUAUAGUGAUUUUUUUUUCUAAUAAAAGUAAAUUGUGCAUAACUAGGGUAGUAAAAUGAAUGACAUUUAGAAAAUUAAUAUUAAAUUAUUCCGAGUAGUCUAAAUCUAUUUCUACGUGAUAAAGUUUGAUUGCUCAUAAUACGUCCAAUGGUAUUGUAAUAAUAAAUUAAAUAUUUUGCGUACAUCACAUAAAAAAAAUAGAACACAUAAUGUAAAAAAUUGAUAGAUGAUACAUUUACAUCAGUAAAUCUAUAAUUCAUCAUAAUAGAUCAAUUAAAAUGUCAUUAGUACGUCUAAGUUUGACAACGAUUAAAAUUCAUUUCAAUCUUAUAUGAAACUGUAUACUAUCGUCUACAUUCUUUCAAAUUCAAAAAUCGCUAACAAAUUAAAAAAACCAUGAUAAAAGAUAAAGUAAAAAUAAUUCUUACUGCACUUCUAAAAAUUAUUGCGAUUAAACCAUCAAAAGCAAACCCGACACUAAGUUCGUGUCAAAUAUUAUUUAUAACACGAAAGAUAAUCAGAAAACUUACUGAAAAAUGAAUAAGCGUGUAAGAAUCGUGAUUGCUUACUAAUUUCUUCUAUACGCGGGAAAUAAUUUCUUUUCUUAUGUGGUUGUCGAUAUAAACGCAAGUCUUCAACAGUCAUUGGUAAUAUUCCAAAUUUGUCAACUCCUGGCCCACUUCUCAUUGUUUUUCGAAAAUACGUUCGGUCUUCAGGAAUGUAUUUUUUAUACAUUUGCCAACGCCAGUACCUACGUUACAAUUUUCAACUAAAAAACCGUGCAUAAUAUGUGUUUACUGUUAUAUACUUUUCUUGGGGAGCAAGUAUCACUUCCUCAUUUGAUUUUGGUAAAUUUUUUAUGAAUUCUCUCCAACCAUUAUACAACUUUGGAUUUUUUAGAGAAUAGCACCGUCUUUUUUCGUUUUCAAGCUUAUUCAAAUCGUACAAAGCAAAAAUUUCGCAUCUAUUAGCUUCUGGUUUUGGAAAAUAUUCUUCUAAUAGUUCUUGCAUCAAUUCACUGUCUUCUGAAUUAUACAAAGAAAUUUGUAAUUUGAUUGUAAAUUUCGGAAUUAAUAUUUAUUUUUAGAUACCUCUUUUAAUAUGAUUAUUCUUUAAAGCUUUGUCUUUGGCAUUAUUAGACAUUUUUU